AUGCAAAAGAGCGAAGAUGAGUGUAAAACCAUGCUGGAUGCUCUGAACAAAGUCACAGCGUGCUACAGGCACCUGGUCAUGCUGGGCAGCACAUCGGACUCUCAGAACCUGCGCGAGGAACUCAAGAAGACCCGGAAGAAAGCCCAGGAGCUCGCGGUGGCCAACCGGAAUAAACUAACCGAGUUGCUCAAAGACAAGACCACCAGCAAGGACGACCGGGCUGAGUAUGAGAGGCUAUGGGUGCUGUUCACCAGCAGCAUGGAGCUACUGGAAGUGGACAUGAAGCGGAGCUUGGAGAUAGGGCAGGAGUUCCCCCUCAAGGUGCCCACCAGACACCUCAUCCAGACGGGCAUGACCGGCAGCACCACCACGGUGGCCGCCAGGGCCAUGUCUGUGCAGAACAUGAAGUACGACGCGGACAGCAACAUCGACACUGCCGACCUGAAGGAGCUCCAGGCUGAGAUCGCCCAGGUGGGCCAGAUGAUGGAGGAGAUGGAGAUGAAGGUGCAGGUGGCUCCGUGGGCCGUGGAGGCCAAGCAGGAGGCCGGCGCCGAGCUCAAAUCCACCCUGAGCGUCGGGAACUCCUCCGUGGGCGUCAUUUCCAUCUGUGAAGAGGAGCCCAAGGACGAGAUAGAUGAAGGGGGUGACAAUAACGGAAUGAUCACAUGCAUCGCUGGAUUCAUAUUCGUUGCUAUUGUAGUAAUCGCCGGGAUUCUAGGAUACUUCGUAAUCGGUGGAUAGGAUACGUAGUUCUGGACGUUUUGAGCCAGCCUGGGAAUACUUCACAGAUGAACAGCGGGCGCAGCUCAGAGACAGAUACAGCCCGGGAUGGACACUAGGCAGGUUAUAUGCCCGGAGAAACGGCUCUGUUGUUGAGGAGAGAGAGACUAGCACGAGGAGCUGUCCAGGUGAUGAACACUGUUGCGUCUGCAUCCCAAAUGGCACCGAUUCCCCAUAUAGUCCUCUACUUUAGACCAGAGUCACUACAAGGCUUUAUUCCACAUAUAGUCCUCUACUUUAGACCAGAGUCACUACAAGGCGUUAUUCCACAUAUAGUCCUCUACUUUAGACCAGAGUCACUACAAGGCUUUA